AUGAGGCAGAAUACUUUUGUCCGUGAAAAUAAUUGGAGAGACGCAGAAACAUUACUAUUGCGGCCAUUGCUAGACGCUGAAAGGUUACUAUUAUGGGCGGUGCCAUAUAGCCAACAGUCACAAAUAGGCUCAAAUUCGGAAGAAGGUCCUGUAAAAGGAACAGAAUACCUCAACCAUUACAGCCUCCUGGUAGUGUCCCUGUGUGAAUGCUACCGCAAGGCCCUAUAUUGUGAGGAGAUUGAGUUUAGUCUGGGUGGUAUCACCAAGAUUCUACGCCAAUCUAGUCUCAGUCAACAAAAGCAAAUAUCUUUAUUUGGGACUAAUUGUUGGUAUAAUGAGAGAAACUCAGCCAACUACCGUGAUAAAGAAUGGUUUAAAAGACGAUCUCGAUACACGCUUGCCGAUGCAGUUCACUGUUACGCAAAGGCUUUCAUUCGCAUCGCUCGUUUUCAAGCUUGUUAUAACCCUGAACCUUUCGAAGAAAAAGUUAUCAAUUUACAAAAAGCCUUAAUCGAUCGAGAUGCAAUUUCCAAACCUGACUACCUCCUCGAAAACCUCCUCGACAGGGAGAGAAUUCGGGGAGAAUAUCUCGGAGAUACCCUCUUACAGGAGACUCGGAAAGGCAAUUUGGAAUACACUUUGUUCCUAUUGAAUGAGGUGUCAAGUUUGAGUGAUGGGUUAUCUGGGGGUGAGACUCUGGUCAUGGCCGCACAGCAAGGUUGGUAUCCUGUUGUUAAAUCCUUGAUAGAGCACAGGGCGUCCUUGGAAUGGAAAGGUGAAACGUGUCGUAAUGCAGUAUCAUAUGCUGCCGAGAAUGGGGAUAUCAACUCAUUGAACUACCUCUUUUGGCGAAGGGAGCACUUCCAGAUGUUGCGGACUCAUCUCGGCGCAGUCCCUUAUUUUACGCUGCAAGUUAUGGACAUAUUGACGUCAUAA